CUAUUCCACCUUCUCGCAGCCCUAGGGUUUCGUCAUUGCCGCCGCAGAGACCAACUACUCGAGCUAGGGUUCAUUUCGAGGAGAGCGGCGGCGGCGAAGAUGGUGGAGAAGGGUAAUAAAGGGAGGAAGGAGGAGGUGGUCACGAGGGAGUACACGAUCAAUCUCCACAAACGUUUACAUGGAUGCACUUUUAAGAAGAAGGCUCCCAAGGCAAUUAAGGAGAUCAAGAAGUUUGCACAGAAGGCCAUGGGUACCACAGAUGUCAGGGUUGAUGUGAAGCUCAACAAGCACAUAUGGAGCAGGGGGAUCCGAAGCGUGCCAAGGCGAGUCCGAGUGAGGAUUGCUCGCCAAAGGAACGACGAGGAGGAUGCCAAAGAAGAACUGUAUUCCUUGGUCACAGUUGCGGAAGUUCCACCGGAGGGGUUCAAGGGAUUAGGUACCAAGGUCGUGGAUGAAGCAGACUAAUUUCUGCCGCAAUGGGCACACCACCAGUCAAAAUGAAGUCCUUAUAGGUGAUUUUGAUGCACUGUUCAUGUUUGGACAACGUAGUGUUUCUGUCUUGUUCUUCAUGUUUGCAUGUUUAAGAACUUUGUUAUUGAUCCUCGUGGUGUUUUCUUUC